CGGAUCUGUCAAUUUUUUUGGUCCGGUUGUGCAUAUUGAAAGUGUGUUUUUCCAGAAUUAAAUUUGCCAAAUUAAUCUAUUGUGUUUAAUUUUUUACUACUUACAUAAAAAUGGCCGAUCUAGAUGAUUUUUUUGCAAAGAAAGAUCGUAAAAAGUCAAAAACCACCAAAAAAUUUUCGACAACAGAUGAAGUUGCAAAGAAAUUGGAAGAUAGUGCAAAGAAAAUUGAAAAAGUAAAAAAAGAACGCGUUCCAGAAGGCGAAGAUAGUACUGCUCCAGUUCAUGAACAAGAUGAGUGGAAGGACUUUGAAGAGGAGAAAAAAGAUUAUUCGGGAUUAAAAAUUGGCAAUCUAACUCUUGCAUCGAAUACAGAAGGUAAUACAGAUCCAAAAGAAACAUAUACUGAACAACAACAAGAAGACGAAUCAGGUCAAGAUAUUGAAAAGAAAGUAGGACCAUGGAAACGAAUCGAUCCAAAUGAAGUUCAGGAGGAACCAAAAAAAGAGGAGAAGAAAGUUGAACCACCUUCCAAUGUCGUUAAAGGAGCAUAUGUACCUCCUAGUUUACGUAGCUCUGGACAACCGCAAAUCCAAACUAGUCGUCUCAAGUCAAAAGCUGCGCCGGACAUACAUAAUGAAGAAUACUUCCCCACUCUCUCGAAAACUGGCGAACAUAAAAAGAAUCGUAGCGAAGGGUCUUUUGAAGUAGUGCAACAUAGCCGGUCUACAUCGUACCGACAGGCCGAGCAGUCUAAAUACCAUUCUUCGCAGGGUCCCAAACUAAAUCUUGGCAAUCGCUACAACACUCUGAGCAAUGACAGCUAGUGUUUUCCUUGUCAUCUAAGGACAUGUUUGUACUAAGUGAUGGCCAUGGAGGAACUAUUCCACUUGAUUUAUGCUAUCAAGUAGUUGUCAAACCGUUUUUUAUGAGAUUAAUAGUAUGGAGGUGCUGCGUAUUUUAUUAUGGAAAAUAUAACUAAAUUAAUUUUUUUUUAAUACCUUUCUAUGUUGAUAGUUUUAAUUUGAUAGUUUGUGACAGUUUGAUAAUAUAAAUCAAGUUAUUCAUAACGUCUAAUAUCUUCAACAAUCCUGAAAUUAAUGUUAAGUAAUUAAGUAAAAUGUGUUAUCUCCUAUAUAUUAGUUUUUGUUGAUAUCAAAAAUUUCUGUUACAUAUUUUUUUUAUUUAAUUAUCUCGGAACGUUAGAAAAAAGCAAAAUAAACUUUGGCUACACCAUAAACCGUAACUUCUUUUAAAAACAUAUUAUAAUGACUUUUAUAAAAUAAAGUGUUAUUUCCAUUA